CGCCGCGGAGCCGCGCCGCCGGGGUCGCCCCGCCACGGGCCGCCGCUGCCUUUCAGCGUGGAGUCGCUGCUGGUGGCGGAGCCCGAGGCCACCGCCCGCCGCCCGCCCGCCUCCCCAGGGCCGCCGGGGCCGGGACCGCGAGGGGAGCGGGAGAGGGAGGCGGCGGUGGCGGCGGGCGAGGCGCGGAGCGUGGGGCGGCGGAGCCCGGCGGGCUGCCCGCUGCGCCAGCACGGGCACAACCGCAAGCCGCGGACGCCGUUCAGCGCGGCGCAGCUGCUGGCGCUGGAGGGGCGCUUCGGACGGCAGCGGUACCUGUCGCUGGCAGAGCGGGCCGAGGUGGCGGCAGCGCUGCGGCUCUCGGAGACGCAGGUGAAGAUCUGGUUCCAGAACCGGCGCGCCAAGGCCAAGCGGCUGCGCGAGGCCGAGCUGGAGCGCCUUAAGCUGCCGCCCUCCGUGCCACCCGCUGUCCUCUGCGCCGCUUGGCCGCCUGCCGCACCGCCUGCAGCUGCCCUCGCCUACCGCCUCUUCUACCUGGCCUAGCCAGCGGACCUCAUUCCCCUCCAUUCAUCCUCCCCAUCCCUCUGCCCAUGAUGCCCUCCGUCCAUCCCGUGCCUUCAUCCACCAUCCCUCAAAUGCAUAUUUCCUGCUGUCCUGUCCUCCCAUCCGUCCAUCUUGGCAGAAGAUGCUCCCUGGCAUCCUCACUUGGCUGAAUGCGAGGCUGCUCUUGGAUAGCGUCCCCUGUGCCGCGUGGCUCGUGAUGCUCGGAAAGCAAAGUGCCUCGCACAAGUCGCAAAACCCAGGAGGCUGUCAAGCAGAAGGGCUGCACAGUCCUUGGGCCAGGCUGCAAGGAAGAGCAAGGCAGCGUGGCGAACUGCGAUGUGCCCUGAAUGGGGCCAGUGACCACACUGGGGCUUUCGCUGGACCAUCCUCCCCAGGAGAUCUGCAGUGCUGUACACUUGGAUUUACAAACUGUAAAAAAAGCCUCGCGUGCAUAUAUAAAAACUGGUCUUUCCCUAGGCCUGGUCACUGCUCUCCAGUGCAGAAAAUUCAGUUUUGUUCACCAGGGGGCUGGCUGCAAGAAGUAGUUCUCCCGACAUGGAGAUGUGCAAAGCAGCAAUCGCAGCACUGAAGCUAGCGAUUCCCACUUGGGGAGCCGAGGCAACUGGUAAGCGGUUUGUGUUGGAAAAGUGUAAUUUCACAACAAAGAGCCUCACAGUUCUCGCAAAUGCUGAUCCGUAUGCUGAAUACGGCUCCUUCCCCUCUUUGGCAAGAAAGACCAAACGCCGUGCCCCCAUCCCUGCUUGGCUGCUGUCAGGCAAGUGGCUGUCCUGGCUAGCACAUUGGUUAAUGUCCCCCAAGUAAAACCGGGUGCAGGACCAAUUGGGACACUGCUUCAUAGAAAAGGUUGCUAGCCUUCUCUAUAGGGUGAGCAAGAAUUGAAGCUGGACAAACUGGCUGACUUUCAAAAUAGUAACAGAAUGAAGCAUUUUGAAAUGUACAUGGAAAUUUCCUGCAUGUCUAUAAAAAUUACUGCCAGCUGCUAUUGGCAAGGAUUUUUCAAAGGCCUUAUACCUUUGUUAGAUUUUUGGGAUGGGAGGAGGUGGAAGCAAUUAUAGACCCUCAAGUUCUCCGACAAAUGCUGUACCAACUUGCCUGUACUUCUUCCAGAUGCACACACAUCUUUUUGAAAUUCCUUUCUUUUCUUUAUGGACAAGUUUUUAAGCGUCACUGUGUAAUGGGAUUUCAAGCACUGGACACAGUGUGCUUAUGCCAGCUCUGUGACCUGCAGUGAGGGAUCUGAGCAAAAGGGUAUGUGUUUAAAACUGCAUAGUUUUUCUCCCAGCGGGACAAGUCUAAACAGGAAGGAAGAGACAAAGCAGCAAAAUAACCUCCACGAUUACCUGGUUUGGGGGAUAUUUGGGGCAAAGGGUGGUUCAUUGUGUGUGUCAAACUCCACCUUGUUCUUGUAACGUCAUUUAAACUGUCUGCAAAACAA